AGAAAAAUCAUUUACUAGUUUAAUCACUGAAUAGUUCUAAUUAAUUAGUUCUGUGGUCUCAUAUAUGACCGCGGUUUCGCCUUAAUUUAUUAUAUUUUACCAAUUCUCAUGAGCUCAAACUGUCUAGUUUAAAUGCAGUGAAAAUAUUAACAAUGACUUCGAAAUCUAUUGACGUGAAGACAUUUUACGGCAUUCAGACACGUGAAAGAACAUGGAUACAUUUAAAAACUUUUUGCAAUAUACAAGACUGUGAACAAAUUAAAAAUAUUACUACAAGUAAAAAAAUGUUUUUUACUAGAAAAAGAACAAUUAAGAAAUAUGAUCAUAUUGAAAAAUAUAAAAAUAUGUCAAAAUCAGCUAUCUUACAUAUUCCUUUAUUAAAAGUUCCUAAGUCUCAGAAUGAACACAUUAUUAAUCAAAUUAGAAUUGAACCACUAAGUGGAACAUCUUGUAAUUACACUCAUCAACCUUGGGAUGACUUUAUGGAUCUAGAUGACUUUGAUACUUUGCCAACAAUUGAAUCAAUCAUUGUGGAUUUGUUUAAAACAGACUCAAAUUGAUUCUGAAAAAUAAUAAAUAUAAAAUUAAUUUUAAUAUAUUGAUAUAACUGUACAAAUCUUGUAAAAUAAGUGACUUAUCUUAAUUGUAAAUAUUUAUACUAUAAUAAUUUUUAUAACAUAGCAUUUUUUUAUUACUAAAUAGUUUUGCAAAACUUCUAAAAAUAUAUAGAAUCCCUCAAAAAGUU